AUGUCUUUGUGGAUUAUGGAAAAUGUCCUUGAUGAAGACUUCAGCAAUAUCUAUGAAGCUAUUACAAAUGAGAUUGAAGAUGGAUAACUCUGGGGAAAGGAAGAAGAUCAAACUUACUUAUAAAUAUCUACUGAAGAUUGGGAUAAAUAAGUUGAACUAUAUCCAGGAGAGGUAGUAAAUAAUAACAAAGAAAUGACAAGCAAUAAAAUUCUCCAGAGAAAAAUGCUCAUGAAAAUGUAAUUCUGUAUCCAAUUAGAAGCUAAGUCUAAGUUUAAGGACUAAAAAUAUGAGAUUGAUAUGAGAAAUAAAUUAGCUUAAUUGGAUGAGGUAAAGGGCUAGAAGGGAAAGAGAAUAGCCAUUAUGAGAGAGAAAAUAAUGGCUGAUAAUGAACUCUAUGAUGAAGAAAUAGAAUAAGAAGAAGAAUAGCCAGAUUAGAAUUAUUCCGACGAUGAAUUAAAAUAAGAUUAAGAUAAGGAAGCUGAUUAGGAUAUAGAGGGAAGAGUUGGUGAAUUCGGAGAGAUAUAUGCAACAACAAGUAGUGGAGAAGAUGAAAUUGAAGAUGAAAACGGGGUUGUGAGGCCAAAGAGACUCUUCAUACCUCGUGCUAAGUAAUAAGCAUACAAGCAUGGAGAGGGUUAAGUUCUUAGAAUUAAAUAGAAGAAUCCUAUGAGAUUUACAAAGGGGACUGACCCAAGAACUAUAGCUAAAUUAAAUUUCAUGGUUGAUGACUCGAUAGCUUGCCCCUAAUAUUUACCCCUAGACUAAGAUGAUGCCAAAAUUACCGUAAAUACAAUGCUGGCAGCCAUAAAUUAAGAUCACGUGCCUCUAUCCGAGCAUAUUAAAAAAGAAAAUUUCUACAUGUCAUUUCAAGCAUUUAAUUAGGCAGUAUAGGCAGAUCCAGCCUUAAUCAAGGUGGAGAUUAAUAGUAAGUUAGAGUAAUUUGAUUAAAUAUACGGACUCUUAAAGACUCAAAAGGAAAAAGAAGCAGAUAAAAAGUUUACUUAAGGUGAUUUCAGAAGAUUCUGCUCUAUCUUUUACUAUGUAACCAGAAGACUAUUAAAGUAAACAGAAUUUCUGAUGGAAAGAGAAAGAAAGAAGAGGAUGAUGCCGAAGCAUUUACUAGCUGCAGCUGUUCUCUCUGGAAUAUUACCCCUAUCUCAUCUCCCUAAAGAUUAGCUAAGUAAGAGUGAGAUGGUUUAAUUAGAAAAUGCACUCAGUCAGAAGAGUCCAGCUAAAUAAAAGUAAUAUAGACCAAGACUACCAAAUAGUCAAAUUCCAUAAUAACCAAGAUUACCUCCCCCUUCUUAAAAUCCUAAUAAUGUUAAUGCUAAAGUAUAAGGAUAAAAUAAUAGAAGAAGAUGA